GUCGGAUUGGCUAACAGCAGAGGAGGAGGGGAGUGCCAUUGCACUGCAUCAGGCCUGCAGGAAACGGUAACAGAUCCCUCGCAGCCCCCAAGAGAAGCGCGCCUUUCGCCCCGCAUACAUUCGCUUUACCGGACCCUGUCAGUGGGAGGAUUAUCCACCAUGUUGGGGGUCGUCGCCAAACAACUAAAGAGCCACCCUGCUCUGAUCCCUCUCUUCAUCUUCAUCGGUGGCGGGGCAACCAUGAGCAUGAUGUACCUGGGUCGGUUGGCCUUGAAAAACCCCGAUGUCUCAUGGGAUCGCAAGAACAACCCUGAGCCCUGGAACCACUUGGGGCCCAAUGAUCAGUACAAAAUGUUCACAAUUAACAUGGACUACUCCAAGCUGAAGAAGGAUAGGCCCGAUUUCUAAGUCACGGUGUCUUUGCACCUCGGCCUCUGAUUGUCGUCAGCCUGAGGAGCCUUUGCACUUUUUUGCUAAAUAUAAAUAAACCUCUGGCACUGAAUGAAGUUUGAAUCACGCUGUGUGCUUAACUCAUUCUGUCAGUUCCUUUCCAGUGUGAAGGGGGGCGGGAUCAUGCAUUUAUCAAUGACUGUCUCAAUAAAACAGACAACCACCUGUUUUACUAAUUGAUGAAUUUAUUUUUGACUUUGCUGUGUUGUAAAUUAUUAAAACUGUUUCAAUCACCCCUCUCA